AUGUCUUCCAUUCUGAGCUCUCAAGGUCUCGUCAUUGCCACUGCCAUGGUCGUCUCCUCCACAGCUCUGUUUCUCGCCUUCUCUAAGCACCACAAGAUCACUCCAACCUCCUCCAAAUCCCUUCUACGUUCUUGCUUAUCUUCUGAUGAUAAAAAGAGGGAGAAGAACCAGAACAAGAACAAGAAGAAGGGGAAGAAGGUGAGAUUUGCAGAGGAUGUGAAGGAGCCAAGAGGAAACGGAGAGGAGUACAGGAAAGAGCACGAUGAGAAGGUGGCUAUGGCGGAAAGAAGAAGAAGAACAACAACAACGAGGAGCUGCAAAAAUCAAACUCCUGCAAAUCAACUUGCUUUGUACAAUGGAAUUCUUAAACAACGAUCGCAGAGGAUCCAAUGUUCAUUUUAA